GUCUGUAGAACAGAAAAGAUCUGAGAUAUUUUGAUCGUGCGCAUCAGUUUCUUCUUGCUCUUUUUGUGAGACUUACUUUAAAUGGUAACACUGUAACGAUUUUAUUUCUAAUGCUAGAAGGCUGCAACAGUUAAUAUCUUACUUGCUGUGUGAAGAACCUUAAGUUGAAGAACGUUCUGAAGCUGUCCCUGCUCUUUGGAAGUUCAAGACUGAUCCAAACAAAUUUAUAAAGUAAGAAACAAAAUCUGCAGAUUGCAUGUCAACACUGUGUAAACCACUUAUUUGUUUAUUGCAACCCACUGCUUUCAAAGUUUGUCACAGAAUGAGACCAAGGAAAAAGGUUGAAACUAAAAAUGUUUAUUAAACUCAGAAAAAGCUGAACUUCUUACAUGCUAACACAGCCGAUAACAUYGCCAUAUGUGCUCAGAUUGAAGCAAUAAAAGCGAAACUCAGCAAAAAUGAAACCUAUUAUUACCUCAUUGGUUGCUUGGGAAAUUGCGUCACCACCACUUCCUUGGUUUACCACGUAAAUGGUUAUUGGUUGGAUCCUGUGUCAUUCACCAGAGCAAGAAUACGCUUGCUAUCUGUUCCAGUACCCCCCAGAGGGGCGGUGUUUUAAGAUGUUUACGGAUGCCCCGAGCCCCGCUCGCUCGGGAAAUGUUUAGUUUGAAGUUUGCAGUAAAAACAAAGACAGUACGGUUAACAAGUCAAGUGUCGGCUGGAUUCACUUGGUUCAAAGUUGACUGAAUACUCUUCUGUWCAAACUGUGACGACACGGAGAUGGAGGUGAGGUGGUUUGUCUGUAACCUGCUGCUGUGGAGUCUGCUGGCUGUCCAGGUGUGCAGCUGUCCAGAUGCUUGCAGCAAGUGUUCGGUGCCAGGAAGUGACGACUGUGAAGAGUGCAGACCUGGGUGGAGUCUUCAUAACUACACUUGUGUUGACAUUGACGAGUGCGGCGUUGAGCUGGACAACUGUCAGCUGGACAGUUACUGCUUAAACACACAAGGAUCCUUUGAGUGCAGAGAUUGUGACGUGGCCUGUGUGGGCUGUAUGGGUAGUGGACCGGCUCGCUGCAAAAAAUGUGCUCCUGGAUACAGACUGACAGGGUCCAAAUGUUUAGACAUAGACGAAUGUAGUGACCUGGUGCUCGCCUGUCAUGGUCUGGAUGAGAUUUGCGCCAACACAAAAGGCUCGUUCCGCUGUGACUGCGCUGACGGCUUCGUCCGAAACAACGGUGCUUGUGUGAAGAGACAGCUGCCUGGUGUUCAGGAGAAAGGUCUGUUUGAGGAUAUCCAGGAGGACGAACUGGAGGUGCUGCAGCAAAUGUUUUUUGGGGUGGUGCUUUGUGCGUUGGCCACACUCGCAGCUAAGGGGGAUCUGGUCUACACAUCUGUGUUUAUAGGUGCAGCGGCAGCCAUGGCGGGUUACUGGCUCUCUGAGAAAGGGGACCGUCUGAUGAACAGCUUCCUAAAGGGGCGUUAAAGCUCAGAAACUGUAACUCAAAAGACAUAUCUAACAGCAGACGUACCGUUUUGUUUCUUGUAKUUUUAAGUAUUUUAUUGUGGACGUGAAUCUGGAGCUAUGGUGCAGAAUAAAGCCUGCUCUGGCUAAUGGCAAUCAAAAACAGUAGAGUUGUAUAACAUCUGAGAUGCCGCUGAAUGAAACUGUUAAAGGCCACAAGCAGAACAAACAGACUUGGCAUGUUUUACCUUGUAAACACUUCAAACAAAGCAGGGUUAACAACAAGUUAAAAUAUUUAGUCACUGGUUGGUAGUUUUUUUUAUGAUUAUCCAUCUACUUAAAGGCUGAAAACGAGCUAAAAAAACAUCAAAGUGCUGUUUUUAAACUGUGCUUGUUCAAGAGAAGACAUGCUCCCAUUUUYACUGAGACUAGUCAAAGAUCUAUCUGCAACAGGUAAGAUAUUAACUGUUUAUACCUUUUUCACUGGUUGUGUUGUAGAAAACAUUUCAGAUUUUUUCCCCCCAUUGGCAUAAUUUACCAUAUAUACAUGCUCAAAUAAAUACUACAUGUUUUUACAA